CAGAGGAGGUAUUGGUGUGACUCAUGCGUGCGUAGUAACGAAUAAAUAGUCAAUGCACGCGGCUCUAAAUAUCAGCAAAUCAAACGUAGGCUACUUCUCUAAAAAGGUCACUGUGGAUGGGAUUUUGUAGACUGAUAUUGAACUGAUAUUCAAAACCCUGUUUUUCUUGAAGUGUCAAAAGCGCACCAGACGUUGCGUUGCGUUGCCAACGGACUUUAUUUCAUCAUCGUCCCAUAGUUUCUUUCUGGGGCUCUACUUGGUCACCUGUACCCACCCUCAGCACGUGAAUGUGACUUUUCAUCUUGAAUAAAAUAAGAAAGGUUUCGCAGAAAGUGACAGCGAGCUUUGGAGUGAGGGCAUUUGUACUGUAUCUUAGGAGUGAUGGCGGCGUCUGCACCUUCCUCGUCUGGCAACGAACCGGAUCCCACCUCGACAAAUUUACGACCACCAGGCUCAAGCUAUGACGCUUGGUGUGGAGUUGCUCACGGAUGUUCUAGAAAAUUGGGAAUGAAGAUAUGUGGAUUUCUGCAGAAGAACAACAACCUCGAGGAGAAGAUUAGUUCCUUCAAGGAAAGAUCGUCUAAGGACCUGCUGGAUAACAGCGACAGGGAUUCCCGUUUCAGACGCACGGAGACGGACUUUUCCAAUCUAUUUGCUAGAGAUUUAUUACCAGCUAAAAAUGGAGAGGAGCCAACUAUGCAGUUUUUGUUGGAGGUGGUGGAUAUUCUCACAAACUACGUCCGAAAGACCUUCGACAGAUCCACCAAGGUCCUGGACUUCCACCACCCCCACCAGCUGCUGGAAGGCAUGGAGGGCUUCAACCUGGAGCUAUCUGACCAACCUGAAUCUCUGGAGCAGAUCCUGGUGGACUGUAGGGAUACCCUGAAAUAUGGAGUGAGAACAGGUCACCCCAGGUUUUUCAAUCAGCUAUCUACUGGCUUAGACAUCAUUGGCUUGUCAGGAGAAUGGCUCACCUCCACUGCAAACACUAACAUGUUCACCUAUGAGAUUGCCCCAGUCUUCGUGCUCAUGGAACAGCUGACGCUGAAGAAGAUGAGGGAGAUCAUUGGCUGGCCUGAUGGAGAGGGCGAUGGGAUAUUCUCACCAGGUGGAGCGAUAUCCAACAUGUACAGUGUGAUGAUCGCCCGCUACAAGUUCUUCCCUGAAGUCAAGACCAAAGGCAUGACUGCUGCCCCCAGACUGGUGCUCUUCACCUCCGAGCAUAGCCACUACUCUAUAAAGAAAGCCAGUGCUGCUCUGGGCUUUGGAACAGAAAACCUGAUCCUGUUGAGCACAGAUGAGAGAGGGAGAGUCAUUCCCGCUGAUUUGGAAGCCAAGGUCAUCGAUGCCAAGGCGAGGGGUUGUGUCCCAAUGUUCGUGAAUGCUACAGCUGGUUCCACAGUGUAUGGAGCAUUCGAUCCCAUCCACGAGAUUGCAGACAUCUGCGAGAAAUACAACAUGUGGUUACAUGUGGAUGGUGCAUGGGGAGGAGGCCUACUGAUGUCCAGGAAGCACAGGCACAAGCUGUGUGGCGUAGAGAGGGCCAACUCGGUCACCUGGAACCCUCACAAGAUGAUGGGUGUGCCACUGCAGUGUUCUGCCAUUCUGGUCAGAGAGAGGGGAGUUUUAUCAGGCUGUAACUCCAUGUGCGCUGGCUACCUCUUCCAACCAGACAAACAGUACGAUGUAUCGUACGACACGGGGGACAAGGCCAUCCAGUGUGGACGACAUGUAGAUAUCUUCAAAUUCUGGCUCAUGUGGAAAGCGAAGGGAACAAUAGGGUUUGAACAGCACAUCGACAAGUGUUUGGACCUCUCGCAUUAUCUCUACACUAAAAUAAAGGGUCGCGAGGGCUAUCAGAUGGUGUUCGAUGGAGAGCCCCAACACACGAAUGUCUGCUUCUGGUACCUUCCGCCAGGCAUUCGUGACAUGCCCGAUGGUCAGGAGAAGAGGGAGAAGUUGCAUAAGGUGGCCCCCAAGAUCAAGGCAUUGAUGAUGGAGUCUGGAACUACCAUGGUGGGCUACCAGCCUCAGGGAGACAAGGUCAACUUUUUCCGAAUGGUCAUCUCCAAUCCUGCCGCCACCAGGUCAGAUAUCGACUUCUUGACCGAUGAGAUUGAGAGACUGGGGCAGGACUUGUAAUGGCCACACCCAUUAGGAGGAUGUUGCCCUUUGACCUUUCGUUCUCAGCUUUGUCAUGUCCAGCUCUAAAAAGACCCUGAGCUACACUGAGCUUCAUAUUCCUGUUGUCUCUUGACCAAUCAUGUAGGACUUUGAAUCUUCAGCUGCUUAUAGGUCUUUUUAGACCACAGGUAACCUUCAGAAUAAUAAAUGUGGGUCUCAUAUGUUUCCUGUCUGUUCUGUCUUUUAGCAGUGACUAUGCCAUUGUUAGAUUUAACUAUUGUACAGUAUAGCCUAUGUCAGAGAAUACAUAUUCACAUACUGAGUGACCUUGAGCGACCUUUUCAGUAGAGACAGAGGACAAUGCAAGGCACCUCAUGGCAUAGAUAUGUACAGUAUUGUAAUAUACAGUACUAGUCGAAAGUUUGGAGACACCUACUCAUUCCAGGAGUUUUCUUUAUUAUUACGAUUUUCUAUGUUGUAGAAUAGUAGUGGAGACAUCACAAGUAUGAAAUAAUACAUAUGGAAUCAUGUAGGAACCAAAAAGGUGUUGAGAUUCUUCAAAGUAGCCACCCUUUGCCUUGAUGACAGCUUUGCACAGUCUUGGCAUUCUCUCAACCAGCUUCAUGAGGAAUGCUUUUCCAACAGUCUUGAAGGAGUUCCCACAUAUGCUGAGCACUUGUCUGCCUGCUUUUCCUUCACUCUGCGGUCCAACUCAUCCCAUACCAUCUCAAUUGGGUUGAGGUUGGGUGAUUGUGGAGGCCAGGUCAUCUGAUGCAGCACUCCAUCACUCUCCUUCUUGGUCAAAUAGCCCUUACACAGCCUGCAGGUGUGUUGGGUCAUUGUCCUGUUGAAAACAAAUGAUUGUCCCACUAUGUGCAAACCAGAUGGGAUGGCGUAUCACUAUAAAAUGCUAUGGUAGCCAUGCUGGUUAAGUGUGCCUUGAAUUCUAAAUAAAUCACAGACAGUGUCACCAGCAAAGCACCCCCAGACCAUCACACCUCCUCCUCCAUGCUUCACGGUGGGAACCACACAUGCGGAGAUCAUCCAUUCACCUACUCUGCAUCUCACAAAGAACCAAAAAUCUCAAAUUUGGACUCAUCAGACCAAAGGACAGAUUUCAGAUUUUAGGCCUUCAAUGUCCAUUGCUCGUGUUUCUUGGCUCAAGCAAGUCUCUUUUUCUUAUUGGUGUCCUUUAGUAGUGGUUUCCUUGCAGCAAUUCGACCAUGAAGGCCUGAUUCAUGCAGUCUCCUCUAAACAGUUCAUGUUGAGAUGUGUCUGUUACUUGAACUCUGCAUUUAUUUGGGCUGCAAUCUGAGGUGCAGUUCACUCUAAUGAACUUAUCCUUUGCAGGAGAGGUCUCCUUUCCUUGGCAGAUCCUCAUGAGAGCCAGUUUCAUCAUAGAGCUUGAUGGUUUUUGUGACUGCACUUGAAGAAAUGUUCAAAGUUCUUGAUUUUCCAUACUGAUUGACCGUCAUGUCUUAAAGUAAUGAUGGCCUGUUGUUUCUCUUUGCUUAUUUGAGCUGUUCUUGCCAUAAUAUAGACUUGGUCUUUUACCAAGUAAGGCUAUCCUCUGUAUACCACCCCUACCUUGUCACAACACAACUGAUUUGCUCAAAUGCCUUAAGGAAAGAAAUUUAACAAGGUACACCUGAUAAUUGAAAUGCAUUCCAGUUGACUACCUCAUGAAGCUGGUUGAGAGAAUGCAAAGA